CUUCAAUACCUGUUGAGCUUUCUUGCCAUCAGUUUUCCAAGUCAUGUGGAUCACCUGUACCAACUGCUCUUGGUUGCACACAACGCAAGAAAGUUUCCCGAUGCGCCCCGGCAUGGCCAUUAUGAACACACACAGGAGACGUUUUUUCUAUCCUGCUCGGUUGAAAGUGAAAUCGAAAGCAAUUUGGAGAAUUUUUCCGAUAGUGAGCCGUGUCGUUGGAACUACACUUCCGAUUCGUCUUUUGAUAGCGCGCACUCCCGAUGGGAGACAAAAAAAUCGAACCACGAAGCAGCUUGCCGGCAAACAAAAACGUCCCUCGUUUCCG